AUGAACCCGCACCAAAAUAGCCUUGACCGACUCUGGAAAGAGUACGACUGGCGAGUGCAUUUCGCCAAAGGAAAAUGUAACCAGCUGUCUGGAACCCUUCGCGAGCGUCUCAUGCAGGACAUUAUGAACAAGCGAAGCCAUCACAUGCGCGAGAAUGAACAACUCGACAUCGCCGGUACGAACGCCCUCCUACUCCACCUCAACCAGGUCUGCAUUACCAACCCCGCUAGGCCCGGGUGGUAUUGGCAGCAACCGCAAGACCAAGUACUCUUGAAGCUCGGGGAGGUAUGA